AUGGACGUUUACCUCCUCGUAUAUGACCUUUCUCGCGGUCUGGCGCGCCAAAUGUCUAUGGGGUUGCUCGGGUUCCAGCUAGAUGCCGUGUACCACACCUCCGUUCAGCUGAAUGGGCGAGAAUACGUCUACGACGGGAAUGUUGUGGCAAUCGAGCCAGGGUCUUCGCACCUGGGCCAGCCCAUGCAGAAGUUGCAUUUGGGAAAAACCGAAUUACCCAUGGACGUCAUCGAAGAGUACCUCGACUCUCUGCGCGAGAUCUACACAGUCGAGGCAUACGACUUGUGGAGACACAAUUGCAACAAUUUCUCGAACGAUUUUGUCACAUUCCUCCUGGGGAAAGGCAUACCCAGCCACAUCACCAAUAUGCCUCAAGCGGUGCUAGACUCGCCGUUUGGGCAGAUGCUCAUGCCCGCGCUCACCCAGCAAAUCAACGCCAACAAACGGCGCGGCGGCGUUCUAGGCAUCGAGCAACGAACUCCUGGCAGCUCGGUCAAGCCCAAAUCGCAGCUCCACCAUCCCCUCGGCAAGGUCCAUGUCGUUUCGACCCUUGGACAGCUCGACGAGUUGUUGGAAAGAUUUCGAAAGUCGUGCGCGGUCGUCUUUUUCACCUCCUCGACCUGUCCCCCCUGCAAUACACUCUAUCCGCUCUAUGACGACCUGGCAGCCGAGGUUGGGGAGAAGGGGGCCCUGUUCAAAGUUGAUAUUUCGCAAGCCCUCGAUGUAGGCAGACGGUACUCCGUCUCGGCAACGCCAACGUUCAUAACCUUCCUGAGAGGUCAACAGGAAAACCGAUGGACGGGCGCGGAUCCAAGUGCACUGCGAGGCAACGUUCAGCUCCUCGUCCAGAUGGCUUGGCCGCCUCACCCACACUUGGCCCUCCAUCUUCCCAGCUUCUCAAACCCCAACACGGAAUUUGUCACUUUCACCAAGAUCCCCCCACUGCCUAAACUCAUCGCCAAACUGGGGUCCAUAUCAACCGACCCAGCAAUCCAGAGCAUCGCGACCUUCCUCGACACGCGCGUCUCCGAAGGACCAGCAGAAGCGACCCUCCCGGACCUUGCCGCUUUCACUUCCCUCCUCCGCACCUCUCUCACCACCCUCUCAACCUCCAACUUCUUCCCCCUCAUCGACCUCCUCCGCUGCAGCCUAAUUGACCCGCGCGUAAGCGGUUUUCUCGCAGAGGAAUCACCCCCACACCAAACCCUCAACGCCGUCCUCACUCACGUCACCACCACUCUCCCGCCCGCCACCUGCCCCUACGCCCUGCGCCUCGUAACACUUCAAAUGACCUGCAAUCUUUUCACUUCCCCCCUUUACCUUCCGCAGAUUCUCACGCACCCUGUCCUCCGCAGCUUGGUUACGAAGCUUAUAUCGUCCAGCUUCCUGGACGAAUCGCACAGCAACGUGCGCGUGGCAGCCGCGAGUUUGUUAUUCAACGUCGCGCUGGCGAACAGCAAGGUGAGGCGGGACGGCGGGCCUGGCGACGAGCUGCCUGAGGCGGAGCAGGUCGAGCUGGCCGCAGCCGUGCUCGAGGCGAUUACACAGGAGGAAGGGUCGGCUGAGGCGUUGGAGGGGAUGGUGCGUGCGCUCGGGUGGUUGGUGUAUUGUCUGCCGGUGGAGGGGGAGCUGGCGGAAUUGCUGAGGACUAUGGAGGCGGGAGAGGUGGUGUUGAAGAAGGCGGAGGGGUUCAAGGAUGGGGUGGUGGGAAAGUUGGUGAUGGAAGUUGGCGGGGAGUUGCUGGGGAAAGGCUUAUCUCGGGCCAACCUCGAGGCGCGCUUUCGAGACGUCAUCGCCGACAUCCAUGAGACCUUGAUUGGCAUUUCUCUCGACCCGCGCCUGAUGCCGAACUCUGCAGGCCACCUCGACGUCGCCCAGCGGUCCGUCCGCUCGUGCGCGAGUACCCCGUCGCUGCGCUCUCGCGAUGGCACUGUCCCACCUCAUGCGAGGGUGGAUCCAGGAGGAAAUGUGCGAGUUGUCGUGCGGGUGAGGGCGUUUCUCCCAAGGGAGAUCGAAAGGAGUGCAGAAUGCCUCAUCCGCAUGGAUCCCCUCACCCAACAGACCACCCUCCUGGUCCCCAACGACACCGACCCGGCCAACGCGCGGGCGCGCUCCCGCAAGGUCGUCGAGGAAAAGACUUUCACAUUCGACAACAGCUUCUGGAGUCACGACCCGGAAGACGAGCAUUACGCCACGCAAGAGGAUGUCUACGAUAGCUUAGGAGAGGAGUUCCUCGAUCACAACUUCGAAGGGUAUCACACUUGCAUCUUUGCAUACGGCCAGACGGGCUCUGGCAAGUCGUACACGAUGAUGGGAACACCCGAACAGCCUGGCUUGAUACCGCGGACAUGCGAGGACCUGUUUGAGCGCAUCACCGCGGCCCAGGACGAAACACCCAACAUCAGCUACAACGUGCGCGUUUCCUACUUUGAAGUCUACAACGAGCAUGUCCGCGACCUCCUCGUCCCCGUCGUCCCGCACCAGCCGCCCUACUACCUCAAGAUCCGGGAGUCGCCCACCGAAGGCCCCUACGUCAAGGACCUCACCGAGGUCCCCGUCCGCAGCCUGCAUGAGAUCCUCCGGUACAUGCGCAUUGGCGACAAAAACCGCACGACGGCCAGCACCAAGAUGAACGACACCAGCUCGCGCAGCCACGCCGUCUUCACCAUCAUGCUCAAGCAAAUCCACCACGAUCUCGAAACGGACGAGACUACCGAGCGCUCCAGCCGCAUACGCCUGGUGGAUCUGGCCGGCAGCGAACGCGCCAAAUCCACCGAAGCUACAGGCCAGCGCUUGCGCGAAGGAAGCAACAUCAACAAAUCCUUGACAACCCUGGGCCGCGUCAUCGCCGCCUUGGCCGACCCCAAACAACAGCGCCCUCGCCCGGGCUCUUCCCGCAAAGAAUCCGUCGUCCCCUACCGCGACAGCAUCCUCACCUGGCUCCUCAAAGAUUCUCUGGGCGGCAACUCCAAGACCGCCAUGAUUGCCUGCAUCGCCCCCUCCGACUACGAAGAAACCCUCUCAACCCUCCGGUAUGCGGACCAGGCCAAGCGGAUCCGCACGCGCGCCGUGGUGAACCAGGUCGACUCGAUCAGCCAAGCAGAGCGAGACGCCCAGAUCUCGGCCAUGGCGGCCGAGAUCCGCGCGCUGCAGCUCGUGGUGGGCGACAGCCGGCGAAGGGAAAAGGACGCGCGCGAGGCCGAGGAGAAGCUCGAAGAGUACCAGGCGCGGGUCAGAGGUCUGCAGCAGGCUAUGGAGGAGCGGAGUCUCGUGGCCGAGGGCAAGAUUCGGAGUUUGCAGACGGAGAAUGAGGCGCUGAGGCUGCAUCUGAAGCUGGCGCUGGAGAGUUUGAGGAAUCCGAUUCCCGCUGUCCCUGCUUUUGGUGCAGCCAAAAAGGAAGAGAAAGAAGUUGUUGAUGAGGGCGGUUAUCUUGAGGAGGGCGAGAAUAAGGAGAAUGAGCACGGUGAUGAUGACUACGACGACGAUGGGUAUGCUUCGGGAGGAACAGGGUAUGAGCGGCAUGCCGACGACAUGCAUGAGCACAUGAGCGGGCUGCUGCGGGAUCUGGACUUGUUCCGGCGCAAGAUUGGCGACGACAAGACGAGAUUUUUGGACGAGUUGAGUCGGCGGCGGCCGCUAGGGAACCGGACCAACAUUAUCUAA